GUGCAGCGGUUGUGAGCAAGAUGCGGUAGCACGUGACGCUGGAACGCAAACCCUGAUGCCGGUUCCCCGCCGCCGGAGCGCUUUUCUCUGCGACGCUUGGCCCGAAGCUGAUGCAUCACAGGAUGAAUGAAAUGAACCUGAGCCCAGUGGGGAUGGAGCAGCUGACUUCAUCCUCUGUGAGCAAUGCCUUGCCAGUCUCAGGAAGUCACCUGGGUUUGGCUGCCUCACCUACUCACAGUGCCAUCCCUGCCCCAGGUCUGCCAGUGGCAAUUCCAAACUUGGGUCCCUCCCUGAGCUCUCUGCCUUCUGCUUUGUCUCUGAUGCUCCCAAUGGGUAUUGGGGAUCGAGGGGUGAUGUGUGGGUUACCUGAAAGAAACUAUACCCUACCUCCACCACCUUACCCCCACCUGGAGAGCAGUUACUUCAGAACCAUUUUACCUGGCAUUUUAUCUUAUUUAGCUGACAGACCACCUCCUCAGUACAUCCAUCCCAACUCUAUAAACGUUGAUGGUAAUACAGCAUUACCUAUCGCCAAUAACCCAUCAGCACUUGAUCCCUAUCAGUCCAAUGGAAAUGUUGGAUUAGAACCAGGCAUUGUUUCAAUAGACUCUCGUUCUGUGAACACACAUGGCGCCCAAAGCCUUCAUCCCAGUGAUGGCCAUGAGGUGGCUCUGGACUCAACAAUUACCAUGGAGAACGUUUCUAGAGUUACCAGCCCAAUCUCUACUGAUGGAAUGGCAGAGGAGCUUACAAUGGAUGGUGUUGCAGGCGAGCAUUCCCAAAUCCCAAAUGGCUCCAGAAGUCAUGAACCUCUCUCUGUGGAUUCUGUGAGCAACAACCUUGCAGCAGACACAGUAGGACAUGGUGGUGUGAUACCCAUUCAUGGGAAUGGCCUGGAGCUCCCUGUGGUCAUGGAAACAGACCACAUUGCAAGUCGAGUCAACGGGAUAUCUGAUAGUGCUCUCAGUGAUUCCAUCCACACCGUGGCCAUGAGCACCAACUCUGUAAGCGUGGCACUCUCUACCUCACACAACCUCGCCUCCCUAGAAUCUGUUUCCCUCCAUGAAGUUGGCCUCAGCUUAGAACCUGUGGCUGUCUCCUCCAUCACCCAGGAGGUUGCUAUGGGUACAGGUCAUGUAGAUGUAUCUUCAGACAGUCUUUCUUUUGUACCACCGACACUGCAAAUGGAAGACUCCAAUUCAAACAAGGAAAACAUGGCAACUUUGUUUACAAUUUGGUGCACUCUUUGUGACCGGGCCUAUCCUUCAGAUUGCCCUGAUCAUGGACCAGUGACUUUUGUUCCUGAUACUCCAAUAGAGAGCAGAGCAAGACUUUCUCUCCCAAAGCAGCUUGUUCUCCGCCAGUCAAUUGUGGGAGCAGAAGUUGGUGUAUGGACUGGAGAAACCAUUCCUGUGCGCACCUGCUUUGGGCCCCUUAUUGGUCAGCAGAGUCACUCCAUGGAAGUAGCAGAGUGGACAGACAAGGCUGUUAACCAUAUUUGGAAGAUAUACCACAAUGGUGUCCUAGAAUUCUGCAUCAUUACAACUGACGAAAAUGAAUGUAAUUGGAUGAUGUUUGUGCGCAAAGCCAGGAAUCGAGAAGAGCAAAAUUUGGUGGCUUAUCCCCAUGAUGGAAAAAUUUAUUUCUGCACCUCACAAGACAUCCCUCCUGAACAUGAACUGCUUUUCUAUUAUAGUCGGGAUUAUGCUCAGCAAAUUGGUGUUCCUGAACAUCCAGAUGUGCACCUCUGUAACUGUGGCAAGGAAUGCAAUUCCUACUCAGAGUUCAAAGCUCAUCUGACCAGCCACAUCCAUAACCAUCUCCCUAGCCAGGGUCACAGCAGCAAUCAUGGUCCAGGCCACAGCAAAGAAAGAAAAUGGAAGUGCUCAAUGUGCCCCCAAGCUUUUAUCUCUCCUUCCAAACUGCACGUCCACUUUAUGGGUCAUAUGGGUAUGAAGCCCCACAAGUGUGACUUCUGUAGCAAGGCUUUCAGUGAUCCAAGCAAUCUGCGGACCCACCUCAAGAUACAUACUGGUCAGAAGAACUAUAGAUGUACUUUGUGUGACAAGUCUUUCACCCAGAAAGCUCACCUGGAAUCACACAUGGUCAUCCACACGGGUGAGAAGAAUCUCAAGUGUGAUUACUGUGAUAAGCUGUUUAUGCGCAGGCAGGACCUCAAGCAGCAUGUACUCAUCCACACACAAGAACGCCAGAUCAAGUGUCCCAAGUGUGAUAAGCUGUUUUUGAGAACAAAUCACUUGAAGAAGCAUCUCAAUUCUCAUGAAGGAAAGCGAGAUUAUGUCUGUGAAAAAUGUACAAAGGCAUAUCUAACCAAAUAUCAUCUUACCCGCCAUCUGAAGACCUGUAAAGGACCCACCUCCAGUUCCUCAGCACAAGAGGAGGAGGAGGAAGAGGACUCUGAGGAGGAAGAUCUAGCAGACUCUGUGGCAACAGAAGACUGUAGGAUUAACAAUGCUAUGUUUUCAGCAGACGAGUCUCUUACUGCUCAUAAAUAAAAAAGCAACUGCUUUGGAUGGAAAAUGCAAAGGGAAAAACACAUUUAACGAGUUAUCCACUACAGUGGUUUUUAUAUGAAGUGGUUUCUGAUUUCCUUCCAGCCAAUAGUCUAAAUGGACUGAAUGGAAAUUGAUAAAGCACUUACAAAAGAGCAUCUGAAUGGAAACACUUUAGAGCAGUCUGGGAGGAGAGGGCAUGUGCUGUUUUUAAGUGAUGGGCAGGGAGAAAAGGGUCAACUUUUGGGGUCUGUUCUUUCUAUGAUAAUUUGGGUGAAGCAUUUAUGCCUGAGUGAAAGCAGUCUUCAACCCAAACAAACCAGAUUUAUUUUAAAUUUCUCCCAUUAUUCCAUUUUUCUCCCAGUCCUAUGACUUGAUGACUCUCUAAACUUGCCAUCCUAAGUGCUGACUGUGUUUUAUGCAGACUGUUGUGACUCAUGCAUCACAGAACGGAUUGGAGUGUGGAACUUGCAGCUCACAGGUUGAAAGCAGCACCUGCCUUAACCUCUCCUGGCCACUUGGGAAUUUAGGGUAAAUCAUACUUCCCAAAUUUUCAGCAGGUGCCUAGAGGGCAAAUAAGAAAGGACCCAUCUGUCACUAGGUAGUGAUUGAGAGAAGAAAAGGAGGAGAGAUACCUGGCUGCUGAUGGCGAAAGGAAUUUUGAUGGAAGUCAGGGUAAGUCACCUGGUUAUUGUCACAUAGAGAUCCUUGAAGGAUAGCCAUGUCUUGGUCUCCAGGAAAGCCUCCAAUCAUUCAGAUGAAUGGGACUGGGAGCGCAGAGUGCCCAAAUACUGCCUGACAGAUUGUCUGCUGACAAGUACAGAUGAGUAGAUACCUGGCAGAGUGGAACCUCCGUUCAUGGAAGAGAAGGAAGGGAACGAUCUUCUUUAUAUUUGGUUUACCCUAUGGAAAGUAUCAGGACACCAUUAAAAUUGUUGCCAGCUCAAAGCAACAGAUGACUCCAAAGGCAUUAGUGCAUUUGCAAGGCUGGGUCUUCCCAAUUGUCUGUGCUGAAGGACCUAUGGAGGAUGCCAAAGGAUAUGGAAGGUAGCGAAAAGUCUCAAUGGUCACCAGAUGGAUCUGUUUUCAGGUCCCAGGGAGCAUGCAUACCCAGCUUUUCUCAAGAAGCAGACACAUCCUUAAGUUUACAGUCGAUGGAGCAUGCCCUUCUGCUUGAAAUCACAACUUCUGGGCUGGAGACGAAGGUUUUGCUGCUAAUGUAUUUAUGGAAUGAAUGUAUUUCAUUCAAAUUUGUAUUCCUCUAGGAAGGAUUAAAAUAAAUUUUUUUUUUUAAAUACA